AUGCAGAUGAAAGAAGUGACUUAUUUAGUCGCAGGUUUUUUUAUUGGAUCAACUCUGCUUUAUCUUCAACUUUAUGUAUAUGAUGAAAAUUACAAAACAGUGACUGAAUCAACAAAUUACUUGCAACGUGUGAACGAUUUUCAGGAAAAAAGUCAUAACAAAGUGAAUUUAUUUAAUGAAAGUUUAUCAGAAUUUUUAUACAAAAACAUUAAAAUUUUAUGUAUGAUUAUGACUCAUCCAGAAAAUCACAGAAAAAAAGCAAUUCACGUUCAAAACACUUGGGAAAAAAGAUGCAAUAAACUUUUGUUUGUUACUUCUAGAGAAGAUUUGCAACUUGAUACAAUCAUUUUAAAUCAAGAAGAUUCAAGAAAAUCUCUUUGGCAUAAAACUAAAGAAGGUUUUCUCUACUUACAUAAGAAUUAUAUCGACGAAUUCGAUUGGUUUCUUAAAGCAGAUGAUGACAGUUAUGUAAUUCUUGAGAAUCUCCGCUACAUGCUUUCCCAAUACAAUCCUCAAACUUCACUCUACUUCGGCCAUCGAUAUGCAAAGAAAGGUCUGAAGGAAGGUUACAUGGCUGGUGGUGGUUACAUAUUGUCGAAGAAAGCGCUAAUUAAGUUUGCUAAUGUCUUGGUGAAAGAUAAAACACGUUGUUACAUUAACAAUGGAGCUGAAGAUUACGAAAUGGGACGAUGUUUACAAGAAGAAGCGAUUUUUGUUGAUUGUCGAGAUGGUCAUCAUCAAAAACGUUUCUUCCCACUUGGAAUUAAGAAACAUCUCCAAGCAGAAGUUAAGGAAGAUCACUGGUACACUCAAACGAAAUAUUACAAUGUCGCACAAGGUAGCACCGACUGUUGUUCCGAAUAUCCAAUUCAAUUUCAUUAUGUGAAACCUACUGUUAUGUAUUUACAAGAUUAUUUGAUUUAUGGAGUUCAUCCAUUUGGUGAUGAUUUUGAUUUUCAAUCAAAUGAAACUUUACCGAGGAAAUUAUCUUUAGAGGAAAUCAUCGCAGCAUCGGAUGUUCCAAGUCUUUCACCUUUGUUCGUGUCACAUCAAAGCCAUCAUAAUGUUGAAUAA